AUGGUGAUUGAGAGAUCCAGUGGCUCCUUGCUCAAGGCUGAACAGGGGCCGUCGAUGAUUCUCACACCAUCAUCAGCCGUCGACAUCGAGAAGUUAGGGCACAACCAACAACAAGACUCGGAUGCUCGACUUUUGUCCACAACCCGAAGAGAGAAGAGAGAUUCUCUUCCCCUCGAGGUUGUGCCGCUCUGUCGUGAUGGAAUCGACGCCGCUGCCAUUGUCACAUCGGCGCCGACACUUCCUUCUGUCCUAGCAUCGACCUUGUACGUCAACGUCGCCACUCCUUGGCCGGAGCAGCUCGGAGGUAUCCAGUCUUUGGUAGCCUUGCCUAGCUACGAUGGUGUUAAGCUUGUUCUUGUGCAUCUGAAAGUUUUGGGAAAUAUUGUUCAGAUUUCUGCCGAGUUUGCUAAUGAUCUUGCUGCAUUCCGGUUCUCAAAUUCCAUGAUUGAUCCUAGUGUCGGCUUGGGAUCUCGGUAUCCUGAGACAAAUAGCAAGCGGGGAACCGACGACUUCGAUGACGGCCAAGUACUUGGUCGUCGAGGCUACAGCGUGGUAUUUAAAGGAAUAUUGGAGCCAGGCCACUGUGAAGUGACCAUAAAGAGGACUCUGAUUCCCACCGACAGCCAGAGCGACAGGACAAGAAGGGCUUUCUUGAACGAAAUUUACCUUCUUUCGCAGAUUAAUCACAAGAAUGUGGUCCUACUCAAUGGCUGUUGCUUCGCGAAGCAAACUCCUCUGCUAGUCUACGAGUUUGUUCCUAAUGGGUCUCUCUUCGCCUUGCACCAUAAGAAAAAUGGGUUCAUCUCCUUGGAGGAUCGCCGGGAAAUAGCAGAGGAAUCAGCCGAAGUAUUAGCUCAUUUGCAUUCAUUCAAACCACACCCGAUCGUUAAUGGGGACGUGAAGCCGAGCAACAUACUGUAA